AUGUCAUCUCACAGUGAAAUCCUCCAAAACGCCAAAACAGAGCAACAAAGAGACCUAGCAACAUCAAGCAAACACUCGCGAAACUUGCACCAUCUCAUAAUCCAACUCGUGGAAUCCAACUCGUCAACGAGUGCCACGAGCUUAUUAGAUAAGAUCUCGACGAUUCACGAGUUGGAGAACUCAGCUACCGUGUUCCUCCAGCGCGAGUUUGCGCGCAAUUGCAAGUUGUUGGAUGAACGGCGUGCGAGGGUCGAGAGGAUGAUUCGCAAGUCUCAGCUUGCCUUCAGCGGUGGUGGUGGUGGGAAUUGCGUGGAGGAGAUGCAGAGGCGGUGCGAGGUUGUUGAUCGUGAACUACGGAUCUUGGAGUCGACUUUGGCUAAUGUUGGUGGGUGA